AUGUGUGCUCCAGAACUCGAGCAAGCUUUGCGUUUUUGGAUCAAUACUCAAUUCAAGCAUUAUAGUACAGAAGUUACCCAACUUCUUUCUAAAGGCACUAUCGAUAAGAGUUCACGCACAUUUAAUUUGAAUCCUGAGCUUGAUGAUAACAACUUACUUUGUUUAAAGGGACGUUUACAGUUUUCAAGUAACGAUAUGCGAGCCAAACAUCCUUGGCUUCUUCCAUCUAAUGAUAAAUUUGUUGAACUACUUAUCUGUGAUUCUCAUACUAUAAUGUGCCAUUUAGGUGUUGAUGCAACGUUAACACAUUUACGAGAACAAUUCUGGAUUGUUAAAAGUCGUCAUUUUGUGUAA